GCCCAAUGAAGACCUGCAGCCAUGGAGCAGCUUAAAACUCUAAAUCAACAUUUUAUGUUGUCACAAUGACAAAAAACUUGGAAGCCGAGGCCCACUCAUUGUGAGUCACCGGAGUCUUCUGCACGCCGCUAGCUUGACGGCUGAGAGUAUUAACAGUAGCCAUGUUUGUUGUUUACGUUCUUUAUGAUCAUUUCGGGGGAGUGGCUUCGGAGGGAGGCUUAAAGAGAAGGGCUGUCAGUGUUGCCAACUCAGCCACUUUCUCGCUAGAUUUAGAGAUUUUUGGAGCUAGCCCUGCUAGCUACUUUCGUUGAAAAAGAAGUUGGCAACGCUGGGUUUUUCUCUUGGACCGUUUAAAAAAAUCUAGCGUACUCUUGCUAGUUUCAUGAACCCUAGCUCUGACAGAAUAUAUAUUAUUACUACUACUUUUUUUCACUUGUCUUAAAGGGGCGUUCUAACCCUGAUGAAUUUAUCUGCUCCACCCUGCGGUUAACAACAUGCUAAUGUUAAUGUGCUAACAUGCCUACAACUACUGGAUGCUAACAUGCUGAUGUUCAGCAAACAGUGAGCAUGCUAACAUCUCUGUUAGCAUGUUGAAUAAUGGAAUGUGAUAUUUAGCAUUCAGUUAGCACGAUAACACGCAGACAUUUAGCAUUAAAUUUAUGAUUAUCAGUCAUCAAGACUCACUGUUUGGAAACAUGGAUGUCUGAACCCAAUUUCAGUAUUUAAUUUACUGAAUACAUUUACUAUUUAUUUAUUGUUUCCAUCUGAUUUAACUGUCUUCUUAAACAUCCUAAACAUCAAAUGUAUAUAUAAAAAGAAAAUAGACAUCGGUAUCAAGGGGGUUAACCAUGCCGUUCUCAGUAAUAGCAGCAAACAGAGACAUAGAACCAAAUGCCUAGAAAAGGCUGUCACAUGUCAAAAAGUCAACGAACACAACAGUGAUGGGUCUGUUUUGCAGAAAAAGGGACCAAAACUACACUAGCAGAAUAAUAGCAGAAUUUACUGAAACAAGUCAAAAUGAUUAGGCCCUUUUCACAGCUGACAUUUUGACUUGUCUUAGUAGGAAAAGCACAGACUGAAUUAAACAGAGGCUUAAAGAGUAAUUAAAUGUAUUUAUUUGACAUAGUUUACAAUAGGAAAGUUGAAGAAAAAGAAUAUUAUUUUAAGGAGGUAGUGAUGAGCUGUACAGGAAUAUUGCCUGAUGGAGUAGACAGUGGUAGUGAUGGGGAAGGGGUGAAGGGCAAAGCUGAAGAUCUGGAUGGAUAUGAUGUGGUGCGGGACUUCAGUUGUGUUGGAGACGGGAGGUGAAUGAGGUAGAUGAGAGCUGCAUCAGUCUGACACUGAACUGGAAGCUGACAGCAGCAGGGAGAAACAGUUUGAGGAGAAAUCUGAUUGGUUUAACUGAAAGAGUGAACACCAGUCAGCUGACUGAGUUGGAGGCAGGGAGAGGAAGUGAGAGAAUAAAUAAAUAGAGUCGGCAUGAAGACAAUGCUUACAGAGUGCACUAUUCAAACCAAAGAUCUGCAGUCAUUUUGACAAGUUUCCAGUAAAAUUGAAUUGAAGAAUUAUGCCAGAGUUACGCAAAUUACUGUGCUAAUAUCAAGAAAGUGAAACAAACUGAAACAGGUGGAUUUGUAUUGAAAACAGGUGUAAUCUUGACACUUUUCUCAAAAAAAUAAGAUAACAUGGAUAACAAAAAAUGACUCAACAGCCUAAUAAAUGACUCCUUUACAGAAACAUCAUGAAGGUUUUACAUGAAGGGAAGCCUCGGAACUCGGAAGUCACUGCAUGUAGCUUCACAAAAAAAUGAGGAAGAGGAAAUCGUGUGCAAGAGAGCGCAUGCGUAUCACAUUUGACCUCAUAGUUGCACAAUUGUAUGGAAAACGAAACUUAAAUUGUGUUGUCGCGAAAGAGAGAGGAAAGGCUCCCAUGCUCGGUUCAGGGAGGGGCCGACUGCACUCCGAACCUCUCAGCAGUGAUCCAGACGAUGCUGCCGCUGCUCUUCAUCAUCUCUCACAGCUACCGUUAACAUGGAGGACAUCUGUGAUAUUAAAAUCUUCAUGAAGAUCAGCCUAAUUGACGACUCAUGGAAGCAAAGCUGGACAUUUAUCAGACUCUGGCCUUCAGAUAAGGCACAGACAAGUUGAUCCAGCUUCAUUCUGUCAGAGGUCCCUUCAUUAUUACUGCCUUGGUUAAUCAGGCUUGUAACUGAAUCUGGUCUAUUGUGACGAGCUGCAACCAAAAUACUACAAUCUGCAGUUUAGAAUCCAGGUGCUGACUUCAGUAUUCUGAUUCUGAAGUAUCACAAUGUCAGCUAGUGAAUCCAAACUGGCUACUCUUUCAUCGACACAUGACCUCAAACUUGCAUGCACUCAGUGCUCUGUCAAGGAGAAAGAAGUUACGUAUACGUUGAAAUCGGUCCCCCACCGGUGUGCACGCGAUCUCUUGUUCUGCAGAGCCAAAGGUGGCAGCAAAUGGAGGCCAGUCUCUAGGCGGCCCACAUUUCCCAAUCCGAAUCAUUAUGAGAAAUGCCACUUCUUCGCAGAGGGCUCUGGAUGCACGUACCACAAGAACCGGUGCACCUUCGCCAGAAGUGACGAGGAAGCUGCCGUUUGGACGUUUGAAAAGCACCAAAGGUUAGACCACAUGCUCCUCUGUAAUCUCAUAGCUCAGUCUGAGGGAGGAGCUGAUCAGCCCGAUAAUGCCAAACCACUGGGUAACCUCUUAGCAAUUCUGGAUUUGAAGGUUGUCUGUGAACAGUGUUCUGUGAAAGAGAAGGAAAUAACAUACUCAGUUCAGUCAGUUAGUCACAAGUGCAAUAGAAAUCUGCUUUUAGCCAAAGACAAAGCCUCCAGUCAGUGGAGGCCUGUCUCUGAGCGGCCUACAUGUGGACAGUUUGGUCGGAAUGUUUUUUACGAAGUGUGUAAUUUCUACGUCGAGGGCUCUGGAUGUACUAAACACGGUCAGGGAUGCACUUAUGCCAGGAGCUAUGAAGAGGCCAUGCUAUGGAACUACGUUAGAGUCACAGACAUCGAUCAAGAAGAGUUAAUCAGACUUGUAAUUGAGUUUGAAGUUAUUAAGAUGACACCAGAAAGUGCAGCUGAAAGCAUACGCCAGCAGUUUUCAGGCGAAUUUGUGGAAUUCUGCAAGGACUGCUUUCAUGAUCGCCCACAAAAACUGACGACCAAAAGGUGGAAUUCCACUUGCUCAGCAGAUGCAGCGCACACCUGGGACCCAGUCUUAGUUCAUCACCUGUCAGAGAACAGCAGAAAGCACAUCUACAGCCAGGUGCGCCCUCUUCACCAGAACUGUCAGUUUACGUACUGCAGCCACGUCAGGCAAGGCAAGCCCUGCUGGCACGAGGCCGGCCACUGCCGCUCUGCCCAGAGCGAGGUGGAGAUGGCCGUGUGGAAAGCGGAGCACAGUGGGCUCUCCGUGCGGCCUCGCCUCCUCCAGAUGAGCCAGCAGGAGCAGACGGAGCACAGGAAGAAGGUCACCAUGUACUGCAAAGUUUGCCUCCUGGUCCUUUCCUCUCCGGAGAGCUUCUACAAGCACUGCAGCUCUUUGGAGCAUGCCCAGUUACUCUCUGAGGACACCACCACCAGGUGGAGAGGACGACAGCCCCCACACAACCACCGAUCUGACCUCUGGCUGUGUGAGAGACCACAAACGUGUGAAUACAGCAACAAGUGCCCAAGAGCUCAUUCUGUGGAAGAGCUGCAGGAGUGGGUGAUGCGUGCUGCAGAGGAGAAGGAGAUCAGACACAACAUGGGAGCCCAGGGUCUCAUGUGCUACAAUGAAAGCCUCCUAGAGGAAUACAAAAACAGCAGUAACGAAGUACACAUUAUAUCAGAACAAGUUGACGAUGUCAGCAUCUCUUGUGAUAAAGAUUUAACUGUGGAGUGUGAACAGAUCAACACAACACUGCAGUGGAACUUCCAAGUUGAAACAGAGAGACAACUUGUGCACGUGGCGCUGCUGAAGCAGGAACCGGGAGCCUCAUUCACCCUUGGUGACCUCGGUUCUGUGGCCUGCAUCCACUCCUCAGGUAAAGACUUUCUCAGUGAAGACAUGACCUACGACAUCACCGUGUCCUUCACAUCCAUCAACCCUGGCCUGUAUGACCAGUGGCUGGUGCUAGAUUUUGACAUGAGGCCAGUGCUGUUGAAGAAACUCAGAGUAAGAGUAGGCCAGCCGUCACUGGAUGACGUUGAGCAACCAACUUUGGAUCGCAGAGCCACCCAUCAAAGUGCCGAGCGUUGGCAUCGAGGGAACAGGGUUAUCAUCCCGUGUACGACCAGGACAGAAGAACAGGAGGAGCUGUUAAAGGAGUACAAGCCUCCACAGAUUAGCUUCCAGUAUAAAUCCUCCCACAACAGCCAAACACCUCUGAAUAAUGAGAACUACAAAGACAGAAUGCACCACUUCCUGUACAAUGAGGAGCGGGCAGAGGACCAGAUUGUUUCAAGACUAAAUGUUUGUGGAGAAAUUACAACAAUGGACACGCUGAACAGUACAAAGUUUGACAUGGCGAGGGCUCCUCUGGGAGAACUGUUCUGUGCUGUCUCAAUUCCUUAUAAUCUCACACCAGACACCCCUGAGGGACUGGCACUAAAACGGAGCAUCCAGUCUGGCCUGAUAGCCCCCUUACAUGGUGGUUCAAACUCCAAGGUCUACGAAGCCAUCAUCCGGCAAGACAAAACCAGCGAGAACAAAAUGUAUUUGCAGCUGUCUAAAAACUGUUGCUCGGAUCUCGCACUCAAAAGCAAUGAAUCGUAUCAAAUGGAGGUGCAGUUUCAGCUCAAUCGCCACAGCUUCUGUGCCAUGCACAAAACCGUAGACCUCCUUCCUGAUACAAAAAGAGUGCUACCAGAUCUCAAAAACUGUGCAGUUCCUGUGAAUAACAUCCACUAUGAGAAGCUGAAUGCAAAGCAGCAGUCAGCAAUUGACUUCAUCACAGGUCAUUCCAAUGGCCAAAAAUGUGUGGCACCACUCCUCAUCUAUGGACCGUUUGGAACUGGGAAAACAUUCACCCUCGCUACAGCAGCCAGAGAGCUUUGUAAGCAGCCUCACAACAAAGUGCUCAUUUGCACCCACACCAACAGUUCUGCAGAUCUGUACAUCAGAGAUCACUUGCACCCAUUCAUCGACCAGAAAAAUGAUGAGAUGAGGCUAAUUCGAAUAAAAGCAAACAGUAAAAGUGCUUUGUCUGCCACAGAUAAGAUUACUCAGAAAUACUGUUUGCUUUCGGAAGAUGGACAGUUUUUUCUACCACCUACAAAAGCUGCCCUAGAUUGCCACAAAAUAGUCAUAACCACCACGACAAUGGCGAGACAUUUUCAUGACCUAAAGCUCCCAGAGGGAUAUUUCACCCACAUACUGAUUGAUGAAGCCUCUCAGAUGCUGGAAUGUGAAGCCUUGAUGGCCCUUGGCCUUGCUGGACCAAACACCAGAGUUGUUUUGGCUGGGGAUCACAUGCAAAUGGGACCCAAGCUUUUCUCAGUUGAUGAUCAUCACCGUUCAAAUCACACACUCCUCAAUCGCUUGUUCCACUACUAUCAAGGCCAAAAGUGUGACGCGGCCCAGAACAGUAGAAUCAUUUUCAGUGAAAACUACCGCUCAACCAAGGAAAUUGUGGAGUUUGUGUCCACCCAUUUCUACGUUGGUAAGAAUGAUUUUAUCAAAGCCACUAGAGAUGUUCCGGCUCCUGAAAAUGGCCGUGCCCUAAAGUUUCACCAUGUCCGGGGAGAGUGUCUGUUGGACACUGGGUCCAUGUCUUGGUACAACAAAGACGAGGUUGGCAAAGUGGUUGAAGAAGUAAAUGAGAUUCUCAAACACUGGCCACAGACCUGGGGGACCAAGGACCACAGCUCAAUCUGCAUCCUAUCAGAGGGAUUUCAGGUUCGGCAAAUUAGGACAGCACUUUCAAGAAGAGGCCUUGCUGAAGUCCAUGUUGAAAAUCUUGCAAAUGUGCAAGGCAAACAGUUCAGGGCAGUCAUCAUGACAGCUGUGCAAACGCGUGACAGCCUAAAAACAUCUCACCUGCCUGGUCUGGAGCUGUUCAAUGAUGCCCGUGUGUUAAACACUGCAAUGACUAGGGCUCAGUCCCACAUAGUUGUGGUGGGAGAUGCUGCUGCCCUCUGUUGCUUUGGGAAAUGCUCAGGGGUCUGGAAAAGCUACAUAGACCACUGCGUCAGCAACAACAGUGUUGCACCGCAGCAUUUCACUCAAGAUUUCUUUGAAAGAGAUGUCAUGGAAACUGCAAGGUUUCAAAAGUCUGAACAUGUGGAUGAGAGCAACACUCUCAAUGAUGCAAUUCUUCAAGAGUUGAAAGAUGAAUACAAACAGCUGAAAACAGAUAAUAGUUCAGAAGAAGACAGAUUGCAUUUUAAAGACUUGGACAACCACAAGUCAAGAUCAUCAUACAAUGUCAAUGACGUCGAUACACACCUUUUGGAGUUGUGUGAAAAACAACCAGAGGUGUACAUGCAUGGAAGGUUGGUCAGGGAGACAUCAACCAGAGGUUAUGUCGUACCAUUUCAAAACCCCACCAAACGUAUCAGCAUCAAGGGAAGGGAAAACCUGGGUAAGGUCUUCAGUGGGGACGAAGUGGUCGCACAAACAGCAACAGUGGUCAGCAUCACUAAGGAAGCUGAAUCGGCCCGUGUACUUGUGUGCCAGCUUGAGGAUGAGGAUCACAGCAAAUCGAGACAGAAUUCGGAUGACAAAUUUGUCAAAAGGACAAUGAUGCCCAUUACAAAAUCUGCACCCAAAGUACGCAUACUGAUCAGCAAGAAAAGACGUAACUUCCUUCCAAUAUGGGAGCAGAUAGAUGGACAGUGGACACCCAUAUCAUAUGAACGUCUUGACGAAAACCUCAUACAAAACAAUGUAUUUAUGGUGCAAGUGAUUGGCUGGAAAGAAAAUUGUCAUAUUCCAUUGGGGAACGUCAUAGAUAUUCUUCCAAUCGGAAGUUCUUUUCCUGCUUGUCUACAGAUCCUGAAUGAAGAAUUCAAAGUUGCACCCAAUACAUGUACAUCGGAUGAGGUACUCUCCUCCAGAGAUGAAGACAGGACACACAGACUGGACAUAAGUGACGUGUUUACUUUCACUGUUGAUCCGGAAAAUGCAAGAGACUUGGAUGAUGCCAUCAGUGUCAGGGAAAUUGGAGACCAUGAGUAUGAGUUGGGAGUCCAUAUUGCAGAUGUGGCAAGCUUUGUGAGUCCAAGUGGUGAAUUGGAUGAGGUUGCAAAAGAACGUGGCGCUACGUAUUACUGCAGUACGGAAAAUCCUGUGCAUAUGUUCCCCAAAGACUGCACUGAACACUUCAGUCUUCUGCCAGAUAAAGGUCGCCGGGUGAUUUCAUUAAUUUUCAAAGUAAAAAAGACAACAAAUGAGAUCAUUGGAAAGCCCAACUUCCAGCUGUCACAGAUCAAGUCUAAUCAGAAGUUGUCUUAUGAAAAGGCAGAGGGCAUGAUCACCGAACGAUAUAGAGACAGACCUAGAUUUGACUCUGUAGAAGACUGUGUCACGGUGGCUUAUUGUUUCGCAAAAGCCCAAAGGAAGAUUAGACUUAGGGAUUGGGCUUACUCUCAAACUGAUGAUGAUAGAUUGCCCGGAAAGCGCAAAGCCAAUCUGAUGAUUGAAGAGCUGAGUGUGUUGUUCAAUACACAUACGUCCAAGGAUUUGAUUGGUUUAGAGAAAACCAUGAACUGCACACCCCUUCGUUGUCAAGCAGAACCAGAUCCUGAAAGGAUCGAAGAAUUCAAGAAGAAAUGCGGAGGACUAAUAUCACUGUCUUUUCAUGUGCAGAAGAAAGUCCACGACGAACAAGCCCCAAACUGUGAAAACUUCUGCAUACUCACAGAAGUGUGGGAAGAUAUCCAGGCAGCUGCCAGAUCAGAUGAUAUAGACAGUAUGGUGGACCUGAUUGCUGCAGAUGACAUCCACCCUCUGCUCCAGCCAGUCAUUGAUCAGUUUAGGAGGUGCCUUAGUAAAGCUGAAGUCCUCUGUUCCAACUCUAGCAAAGCACAGGUCGGGCAUUAUUCUCUGAACGUAAGAUCCUACACCCAAGCAUCCUCACCAAUACGGCGGUACAUGGACAUCAUCUUGCAGAGACUUUUGCAUUCCAUCAUAUGCAACAGGGCUGUCCAAUACACUACCUUGGAGAUUGAGACUUUGUGCAGUCAAUUUGAGGAAAACCUUAAAGUUGUCAAGGCGUAUGAACAAAAAGCUGAGCAAAUCCAUUAUGCAGUGAGCAUGAAAAAACAAAGUGCUUCAAAGCUAGCCUUUUUUGUUAGGCCCCAGAGAGACUGCUUCGCAGUAGCAUUUCCUUUUAACAAGAAUGUUUUUGCAGAGAGUGUAUCAAUUAUGUACAAAGAUUUACAACUGUGCGACCAACCAGUUGUUGAUGACACAAACGACUGCGUCACUCUCACAUGGAAAAGGCGGAUCUACGCAGUUGACAACAUGCAAAUCCACCAAGAGCUGAAAAAGCCAGGCUGUGAUCCCUGCGUUGAGCUUCCAUUGGCAGAAUGGAAGGCCAUUGUCGAAGCGGUUGACACAAAAAACUGGGAUCAUGCAAAGUCUCUCACAAUGGAGGCUAAUACAAAGCGCCUGGAAAAAGUAAAUAUUCUGCCACAAUCAGCUGUGGUGCCUCAUUCCAAGACUGACUCAUGUACCAUUGAGAAGCAAGAGGAACAGAAGGAGCAUGAGGUUGUCAUUGCGCUCCAGUUGCAGAGAGGUGACACCCUUCAGAUCCAAAUGACGACAGAGAUAAAAAGAGGUUAUCACAUGCCUGCUGUUCAGUUGGUGCGCAUUAAACCAAAGUUUGAGAUUUGUGUGCACCAUGUCCACAGCCCUAUCACAUGCUUCUCCAGAUCUGCAGACGAUCCAUCAAAGAUUUUUUAUAGCGACCCCGGAGAGUACGUACGGAUCUGGAAACCGAUGUGUGAGAUGGAAUCUGCUUCCAUUGCAGUGAAUGAAAGUGACAGCAUAGUCAUCGAGAACCUGGUGGUAAACUUCAUUCAAGAGCAGAAAGGCAUACUAACAGGAACCUUCUUCUUACCAGUGGCAUGGAUCACUGAAUGGGCCAUUGAAUGUAACCUGUCGAAGUGCUUUCUGUGCAUACGGAAGAGAGGUUUGACUUCAACCCUGGACAAUUCUGCUCUGGUGGACCCCAAAAAGUUUACAUGGGUAGCCCACGGCAUCACAAGAACAGAAGAAAAACGGAAGAAGCCUCCAAAUGAAGGAAGUACAGUGCAGUUCGAUGUCAAUCACCUGCCGAUGGAGACCAUUCCUGAUUGUGUCUUUCAGAGAAACACUUGUUUCACAGUGGAAAUCAUCCCAAAACUCCUGCCUGACAUCCGGAAAGAAAAGGCUGUGACGAGCAUCCCAUCUGCAUGUGAUCUGGUCCAGACUAUAGCUCUUGGAAAACACAUUCCCAGAGAGGUAGAACCAAGGUGGCACAGCGUCAGGAGAGAGUUACCAGAAGGACUGCCAGAGUUUAACAUCAGUCAGCGUAAUGCUGUGGCGAAAGCUCUAAAUCACACCUUCACACUCAUUCAGGGACCACCUGGAACUGGAAAGACAGUGGUAGGUGUUUACAUAGUCAUCUGUUUCUUUGAGCUGAACUCUAUGAACCCGAGGAAAUUGGAUGACCCAAAGGAUGACGACAAGAAGCAAGUCAUUCUCUACUGCGGCCCGUCCAACAAGUCUGUUGAUGUUGUUGCAGAGUACUUGUUGAAGUUUGUGGACAGACUACGGCCCCUCAGGGUCUACAGCCAACAUGUGGAGAUGCUUGAUUACCCUUAUCCAGACAGCGCUCUUCAGUUUUCCCGGAGGUCACUCCGCCAAGAACGUGGCAAACUGGAGCUCAAGAGCAUCACACUGCAUCACCGCAUGCGGCAGGAUCAAAACCCUUUUUCGGAUAAAAUAAAAGAUUUUGAUCAACGCAUUAAACUUGGCCUUGAGAAAAAAGGAGAAGAGCUGACUGCUGAAGAAGUGCAAGAAUACAAACGUCUUCUCAGAGACGCUAGGAAGUUUGAGCUUGAACAGCAUGACGUCAUACUGUGCACAUGUACACAGUCAUCCACCCCGAUAUUGACUAACACAGUCAGUCCACGCCAGAUCCUCAUUGAUGAAUGUGGAAUGGCCACCGAACCCCAGGCCCUGAUUCCAUUAGUCUGCAACAAACCAGAAAAGGUUGUUUUGAUCGGUGACCACAAACAGUUACGACCCAUUGUGAAGCAUGAGCGUGUGAGAAAACUAGGGAUGGCCAAGUCUCUGUUUGAACGCUACUAUACAAUGCACAAAAGCAGGGCAGUGAUGCUGGACACCCAGUACAGAAUGCAUGAAAGCAUAUGCAAGUUCCCGUCAGAAGAAUAUUAUGAAGGAAAACUGCAAACUGGUGUGGAGCAGCCGAGCAGCGUCCUGCGUGUUGAUAACAAGACAAUGCCAAUCGUCUUUGGGGACAUCAUUGGUGAGACCGUCAGUCUGGUCGUCAGCACAGCCAAGGGCAACGAGAACUCUAAAGCAAACAAGGAAGAGAGAGACACAGUGGUAGACAUUGCUAAAAUGCUGGUGAAGACUGCCAAAAUCGAACAACAAAGCAUUGUGAUUCUGACGCCCUAUAAUGCCCAAGUGUCAGAAAUCAAAGAUGCGCUGAAGGAGAAGGGAAUGAAUGAAAUCACCGUGACCACAAUCACUAAAAGCCAAGGAAGCGAAUGGCGCUACGUCAUCUUAUCCACAGUGUGCUCUCUGCCAAGUAAAGACAUUGACAAAGAACCAGACCCUGGUUGGUUGUCCAAACAUCUGGGCUUUGUGGGCGAUCCUAACCAGAUCAACGUGGGCAUCACCAGGGCCAAGGAGGGACUGUGCAUCAUCGGGAACCAAGAGUUGCUGAGCUGCAGCAGAACUUGGGCGAAGCUCCUGAGCCACUACAGGCUUCAAAAUGCAGUGACAACUGCAGACAAGAUUUCAGUGUGUUGUGCCACAUAGCUGAACUCAUCCAUCCUUUAGAAGGGACUGGAUUUCUGUAAGUAGCAGACCAGAAGAACAGAACAGCACGACUUCAUUAAACAUGUUUGUAGUUUAGGUUAAGUCUAUAAAGUCGUUGUAACUUUUGAUGUACUCUUUUUACAGUUUUACAGUAUAUUUGAGGUUUUUGAUAUUGUAUUUGAUGUGCUCUGAUUUUCCUUGCUGAAAUCUUACAACUUCUAGAUCAACUGUACUGUGCUCAUUUAAAUUCUAAAUGUCCAGGUUCAAAGACUGAAUAGUCUGGGUUUUUUAUGUUUGCAUUUAAGAAAAGUUGUAUAAGAAACGUUUGACCUAUUGUGUUUUGAUACAUUAAGAUCUCCAAUGUUCAGGGAUUAGCUUCGGCUACAGACAUCUUAAUAAAACAUUGUCAAUGAAUA